UACACGAACCCAGGCGCAAUUUCAACGAAAUUGCGAAAACGAAAGAACAUUUGCACGAGAGCCAGGCAGCUACGUAAACAAGUAACAAAUAAUCAACUGUUUUGUGGAAUUCAGAAAAUGGAAGAUUGUGAAUUUUUGGUUCAGUGCAAAGUUUUGGUUGAAGAAAGAAAAGUUGAUGAUUUGCUGUUGAUACUAAAGAAUAGUGAUAACAAUGAGCGUAUUUCAUAUUGUGGAUGGGAACUUGUUGGCAUUUUUUUUCAACAUCUAAACCAAUUUAGUGAAGAGGAAGUAACUGCCAUCAAGUCAUGCUUAAAUGUCUUAUUGGAGGUUUGCAGUUCUAAAGAAAUGAUACUAGCAUUAGUAGAACAGAUCUCCUCCUUAACCUCCUUCAAAGACGUUGUUAUUCUUGUUGAUGCGUGUUCUCAAACUCUUUUGAAGUUGAAAAGCAAACAGUCCAUUCAUCUUGAAGAUGUGACAAAGGAAAUAACCAAAUAUAUGGAAAAUGCUUUGUCAGAUAAAGACAGUGUGGAAGCAGAAGAAGAGUAUGAGCAUAGUGACACAAAAGAUGAACUUGAAACAAUGUAUGAUUGCAUAUGCAAGUUUACAUCAACCAUGGUGGCAAAAGUUCAAAGAAGGAAGUGUGUGAACGUGGAUGAUCUAUAUAGCGAAACAACAUCAAAUGAUUGGUGUGAAUAUGAAAUCACACAAAGUAGAAAUAUUUUGUUUCAGUUUCUGUUGUGUUUUUUAGGCAUCCUAGUGAAGAAGAAUAUCCUUUUCAGUUUCCAUGGUGACUGGAAUAAAAUAACGAUGGGUGUCCAUGAUUUGAUGUCGUUUUCUCAACUGCUUGAACAUAUAGCGAAAGAAAAUUUGCAUCUUGAUUCUGUUGGAUUUGUGGCAUUUCUUCAUAUCACUUUUGUUCAGUCAAUUCAAGUUGAUCAAUUUCCUGUGGUGUAUAGAUGUGACACUCUGUUUCAACUAGCCUCUCGACAUAUAGCUGAAACUCUUCGAAUAUCUGCAGAUGAUUCAGUGAGGAUGUCUCUGGAUUUAUUAAAUUUUUUAUUGAAACCGCUGGAAGAUAAAAUCUUCUCUCGAGUGGCUGUUGAAACAUUUUCAAAAAUUGCACUAGGGUUAUCAAACGUAAUGAUAUGGUGUCAGCAGGAAAAGCUGAGACAGAACGCUAAAGAAAUUUUCUCUUUAUAUCUGCUAAAAAUACAAACAAUAGACAAAUAUCUGAUAUUGAGAUCUGUGUACGACCAGUCUCAACAUGCAGGCUUACGUGGUUAUUUGAUCAAAUUCAUCACAACUGCGCUAGUGGAAUUUUAUGAUAUGAACGAGGAUGUAUACGUGAAGGAUGUCUCGACACUUGCACUCUCGUAUACAGAGUUGGUGUUAGGUGAAAGUAACAUACUGAACGAAUCAGACAGACUUAUGGCUGGCCUAAACUUUGUGCGUUUUUGGUUGUUAAAAGAUCCUCGAAACGAAAACAAGACUGGUGUGUGGAACCUGAAAGAUUUGUUGAGAAGAAAUUUUCAAGUCAUCCGAAAGUGCGCUGAUGUUUCAAAGCUGGAAUUGGAAAGCGCGUUGCAAAAUGUUGAAAACACGUCUUGCGAGGAAAUGAUUGAAGUUGUCAUUCCUGGUGGCGAAGCCGUCAAGAAUUUUUCACAGAGUCAAAAAUAUGACGUUAUUCAAGCCGCCUCAGUGUGUUUAGAUCUAAUGCUUAGCAUCGUCGCCGUAAUAGACAAGACCCUUACCUGGCACUCUUUUCUAUCUGAAAAAGACGAAUUAGUGACAUCAAGUAAGACUUAAUUGAAAACUUUAGCUGUCGAGACCACUAUCGUGAGAAAUGAAAGCCGGCAGAGGAAGUAACGUAAUUUACUUUAAAAACAUAAGCAGACAGACAUUUAUUAUUAGGACUUUGUUACCAAUAAUGUUUUAUUAGAAAUCAGAUCAGAUCAAUAGCUUUGAUUUAUAUUUGUUAGUCAUAAUGUGACGUAAUAUAUGUUUUUUGUUCACCAUA